AAUUCUAUCAUUUUGAAGUUUUCGGCUAAUUGGAACACGCUUGAUUAUAAAAAAAUUGAAUUAGUUUGAAAUUGUGGUGAGAUUCUGAGAAAAUUUGAACUGGAUUUUAGUAUUUGUCUCAAAAAUAUGUCAAUAGCACACAUUCGGCAAGAAUGAGUUGAAUCAUUUCAUAGAUACUUUUAAUUUUUCCGCUUUUAAGGUUAUGAAUUAUUUUAAAUUGAUGUUUUUUUAACUCUGCAACAUGGUUGAAUCAAGUAAAAAACAUUGGCUAGAUUGUCUUUAUGUCCAUCCAGAUGUUUAUGCUUUGUCUCAGGAAAUUCACGAUAAACCCACUGAUCAAAACUUGAAAAAGCUGCAGGCAUUCAUCACAGAUGAUACCAAUUCAUUGAGGAAGGAAGACGCACGUACCUUGUUCCUGUGUUAUGUUGCUCGAUGCAAUGCCAACCGUGCGCUCAAAAAUGAUUUCCUCAAUAAAGUCACGAAAUCCAGAUCUGAUUUUUCUAUUUUCUACGAAAUAGUUAACGAUGCCAUCAGAGAAAUCCUGGAAAAUUAUGAAACUGAACAAGCUAUUUUAUCAACUAAAAAUAUUAUUCACAUCCUUCCAGUUGUUAAUAUGUUUUAUCAAAUGAUCAAAGAUAAGGACGAAGUCAAGUUAUUAGCCAUUGUUGAAGCCAUGUUACCACUCUAUGAUGCUAUCUUGGACACGCUUAUUCAACAAUUGCAAAUUGAUUUCGGCAAGGCCUAUAAUUUUAAGAAUGAUGAUCUUCUUUCUUUGUCACAUCAAACUAUGAAACAUAUUCUUUGGAUCUUUGUCAAAAUGCCCGAAUGUAGCUUGGAGAGCUACAUCUUAGCUUUUAUGGAUUACAGUUAUAGAAUUUUGAGCUAUGAAAAGAUUGCUCUAGAUAUGAAGAGCAAAUGUGCUCUUAUUUUCCUGCACUGUUUAAAAAAAUUACCCGAAGAAGAAUUGGUCAAUUUUGUUUUCAAAGAUAAUCCCCUUUUGGAGGUUACAAACGAUCCAAAAGAAAAAGAUAGUUGGAUAUGUGGGAAAAAUUUCAAGUUUGCUACCCUCUUAGAUAGCACCAGUGCGAAGGUUGUGUUGUUUUCGGCAUUAUACAAUUGCAUCCCACUUCGAGAACAAUUCAUGCUGAUGCUUGCCAAUAAAAAAUGUGUUUACCAAAGUAUUUUUGAAGAGAUGCUUGAAUGUACAAAUAGGCCUGUAAAGGAUAAUGGAGAGAUUGUUGAGAUAACUAGAAAUUUGCUACUAAUGUCAGAAGGUCUGAAUAGAGCUCCUAUUCCAAUUUUUGAAAAUAUAUUCGAUAAAGCUUACGCAUAUGUCAAUUCCUAUUGUGAUUUUCCGCUGGAUCCAGUUCAAAAGAACAGCUCAUUAUUCUUAUCAAAUAUUGUAAAAACCUCUUGUAAUCAUUACAGAACAGGGACGGAAAAAUUCGUCGAUCAUCUGAUUAGCACUAUCAAUUUGAGGGAAGGUAAAAGAAAAAUUGAUUUUGUUACGUUGAUGUACUUAUGUUCGAAUAUGAAAUGCUCUUUUCUGCUCCAACGAAUACCCUACCUUCACGAGCAACUGUUGAAUCUCCUCUCUGAUCCAUCAUGCUUUAUGAAUGCGUCUAAUGCAUACGAAUUAUUGAUGUCUGAACAUUUCAACGAGACAUUGCUGGAAGAAUGGUUAUCGAUUUGGGUAAGACCAGCUUUGGCUCAACUGAGGACUGUCGACUUCAGUAUUACCCAUAUUUAUCACCGUAUCUUAUGCAAAGCGUUCCAACUGAACCAAGAGAUCCUUCGAGACUUGUUUCCAAACAAGUACAUGGGUACCCCGCGAGAGUGGGCCGUGUUGCUCAAGUGUCUGUGUCACGCCAGGAAUACGAGAAUGGCGAUCAAACUCGGAUCCUACGACUCAGCCGUCUAUUGGUGGGGUUUGGUGGAAAAAUCCAAAUUGAAAUUAUUUGCUGUCCAACGCGACGAUAUGAUUCGAAUUGCCGCCCUCAAGGUAGUCGUUGAAUGUCAAAAAACGACGGAAUAUUUCACAGAGUGGGAAUUCACGUAUUUAUCCGAUUACUUCCUGCUGAACGGUUGCAACCAAGUGCCGCACCUGAGGAAGGAAAUUGUCGCGCUGUACAAAAAGGUGUUUACCAGGUUCUUCGCCAGUAUCGAAGUGAUCAAGAGACAGGUGGAUUGCUUGAGGAAACGGAUGGCUCAGGUGGAUAUUCCUACUAGCGAAUCCUGGAUAAACAAUUUCACCAAACUCAAUAAGUGCUACAAGACUUUUUUGAAGAACUUCAUCGGCAUGCUCAUAGAUAACAUAUGCCCCGACAGCAAUUUUUACAGGCGGAACGCGGCCUUGGAACUUUUAACUUUCAUCCAGUCCAACGUGGGCAACGAGGAAUGGGCCAAUUAUUGGAAAGGAGACGACAUAGAAAAUCUGAAGAAGAUCUUGUUCGAUAGUUAUGAGGUUAAUAAGAAGAUGGCGCUGGGGAUAUUGACCAAGAUGGAACCGGAGAAAUUCAAGUUUCAUGAUCCAGAAACAUAUACCAGUUUCAUGAGGAUAGCGUUAUCUUAUGCCAGUGAUAUAAAACCUAGUAAAUCUCUUUCAGCGGCCUAUAUGUUUCAACUUUGUUGUAAUUCCCCUCUAACGCCAGACGAUGAGGGGAAAUUGAUCGAAGAUCGCUCCGCCGAUAACGAUCCAAUACUUAGAAUGAUUCAAACCGUGACGGCGGAGUUUAUGUCGAAGUACGACGACGAAACGCCAGAAUUAGAUGAUAUCACCUUGAACUCUCCCUGUUACGGCCUUUUAACGUGCCUGAGAUAUCUCAUCAGAUUCAGGCCUAGGGGGCUGUGGAAUGAGGAAUACGGUACUACCUAUAACCUAAUCUUUAAGAUAUGUCGAAGAAUCUUCAGGGAAGUCCUGCCGAUAGUAAGCAAUCCAGCACCAGAGGGUUACCUGCCGGACAACGAAGAGACGGAGAUCAGCAUCAGGGACGACACCGUCCGCUCUCAGAAGAUACUGGUUUACGCCUGGCGGACGGUCAAAGAGAUAACCUUACUGUUCGCGGAAUUCGUGCAACAGAACCGAUACGUCGGGGAGUACCACUUUCUGACCGAGGAGAAUUACGUCCAGAUCGGGGAGCAUUUCAUGGAGAUUUUCGUUCAGGCCAAACAUCGCGGCGUUUUCGAACAGGCUUACCUUGGUUUCUGCAUUAUCUGCGAAGAAUAUUGGAUUUAUCCAAGCAAAGACCUCAGUAGCUUGCCCAUGCAGUGGCUCAAGCGAGGCUUAGAUCUAGUUACAGGUGUUAAGGUGGACAGUAGAUUGUGUUCUACCAGAAGAAGCGCUGGAAUGCCGUUUCUCACCAUGGCUAUCUUAACGACCGAUCCAUCGCUCGAUAAGGCUUCAGUUCGUCUCACCAUGAAGGAACUGAUGACGGCCGCUGCGAACCUAGACGAAGACCGUAUGGAGUAUAGGACGCACUCGUUCAAUAUCCUUAGGUUUUUAUUUAGGCAUUCGAAACUUAGUGAUUAUGUACCUCCUUACAUCGAGAAAGCCGCGGAACUUGCCCUCAGAGGGAUGCAGAGCAGGGAUUGGGGGGUGAGAAAUUCGGCAACGUUGCUCUUCUCCGCCCUGAUCACCCGUUUGUUUGGGGUGCAAAGAUCACAAGAUUUCGAAGUGGUGACCACAAAGAACAAGAUGACGACGAAGGUGUUCAGUACUAGAUACCCGACGUUGUUCCACUACCUUAUAGACACUUUGAAAGUGGAAUGUACGAACAAGAACAGCCUGGUGUUGCAACCGAUCCUGAUAUUCUUCUCGAGACUCUAUCCCGGUUAUACAGAACCGGAGGAUCCUAAGCUGGAAGAAGCCAAGAUCUACAUCAGGAAAUGCAUGGCUAGCCCGGAUAACGAGACCAGGAAGUUGGCAGUUAUGGCUUCGAUAUCUAUCGUGCAACCGAAAGAUCUCCAUCUUACGGUCAGACGUAACUUCGAGAUCAUUUCGCAAAAAAAUGUUGGUAACAAUGAGUGUUUGGCUUUACUUCUUGAGGCAUGGCACAUCUUAAAAUUUUUGGGGGAUAGAUGUGAAGUACACGUUGGAAAGAUUGUCUCCGAUAGCAUAUACAUCUUGGAAACGGCUGGCACUAAGUUCAGUCAUUACUGCGUCUCCUUGUACAUGGAAGUUUUAACUUUUCUUUUCGGGAAUGUUCUGAGGUACGAUGAGAGGGUGGACCUGGAUACGUUGCGCAAAAUACUGACGUCGAUCUCAAGGUUGAUGGAAGAGCAACAUCUGAACCUGACCGGCAGGUUAAACUUCGAAUCUGCCAUGGUUAAUCUCACUAUCACGAUAUUGUUAGUUAGACUGGAACAUGUCGACACCACGUUUCAGGCCAUCAACUUCGAUUUCGAGAAUUAUUUGACGGUAAACGACGGCAUGAUUAUGAAGAACUACUGUCUGCACUUCGUGCUGAGCCUCAACAUAAGCUACAACGAGUGCGGCCUGCCCGAACCGCCCCUGUAUAUCUUCGACGAACUGACGCCGACCGACUCGAUAAAGAACGUCAUCGUCAACUUUAGCAACGCCACCAAAUGCGAGUUCCUCACCAACAUACACAAAUUCAUGGUCGGCUUCUUGAGGAGGGAACUGAGACGAAUGCAGACUACGGCCAAGGUGGACGAGUGUUUCAUACUGGUCCUCCUACUCCUGCCCUAUUACUCAUGUCUGCUGGAAACCCUCAACGGAGGCGACAGACAGAGGACCUUAGACAUGUUGAUGAAUUUUUGCAGCUGUGAUAGAGAAGAGGUUAUGAGUGCCGUCGUGUCUUGCGCGAGUGUUUUACUGACCACGGUGAAAAUGGACAAGUUGAAGACUUUGGAUUACAGGAGAUUAGUGCGGUUGUUGAGGAGGAGCGCGGCCCCGGAAGCCGCCAUCUAUAGGAGGUUGGCUGCUGUGCAGUUCUUGCUCAAGUGCAAGUUUCUGUAUUAUCACGGCAUGAGGAACUUGAAAACAACUCAUUUUGUGAGCAUCUUGAACACGGUCUUAACGCUCCUAGAGGAUGAAUCCGUGAAGAUAAGGAAUGAAAUCAGUACGAUAACGGACGAGGAAAAUAUCGUUUACUUAGAUGAACAUUCGAAAACGGGAUGGAAGUGUUGCCCCGAUAAGGCACGUUACGAUUUCAUGAAGCACUGCUGUAAGAUCCUGCCAAAGCCCUUAUCCAUAAGUUUUCUGAUAUCUUGGUGCCUCAGGCAUUUUCCCGAUUCUCAGAACGAAGCAUCGGAGGUAUUUGAAAGAAGCGAGCACAAUACUUAUGCGGAAAAUAUACCUUACAUUCAAAUGACCACGAAGAUAUUGAAUCCUCUGCUAUGGACCUUACCCUACACCCUCAGUUAUGAGGACAAGUCCAUAUUCAUGGAGGAGCAAUGCCAAAUAGUGACCAUCAUCCUGUAUGAUGCAAUGAACAAAUUUACAUUUCCGAUGGUGAAUCGUAAGACCAAAGUAGCUGUGAUUUGCGCCCUGAGAUCCAUACUGGCUUAUUUAGAACUGAAUCAGAUCAAUCCUAAUUUUAAGUACAAAUUUAGCGAAUAUUUCAAAUCUAAAAUAUUGUUCUAUUUCAAGAAACAAAUCUGCAAUAGGGAUUAUCAUUCUGUUAAAAAAUUAUUCUUUUUACUAUAUGGUCCCGUUUUGUUAUCAGAUAUGGAUUACACAUAAGUACAUUGUCGAUCAUUGAACAGAAGCAGAGAUCCUUAAACUGGAUGCGAUUUUAAUACAUUGGAACAUGGCCUUAUUUCACUCGAUUCAAUUAUGUGUAUUGUAAUUUUAAAAAAUUUGGCAUGUCAGUAUUACGUUUCGAUUCAGUUCCGUGUAAGUCUUGUAAUUCGAAAUUAAUCUGUAAUUGUUCGGUGUCUAUCGCCACUAUUCGUUUUUUGCAUUAUUUCACUUACAUCUUCAUAGAUUUUGCGGUGUCAGAAUAUGAAAAAAAAUGGCAGUCAGAACGAAUUGAUAUUGUGAGAAUAUAAUUUUUAUAAAUUUUUAA